AUUUAAAAACACAAAGUAAAUGUUUAAAAAUGUAGCAGAAUGUGGGUUAGAUUAAAUUAGUUUUCUUUUAUAUAAGCUAUACUAUAUGAUUUUGUGGUGUUUGCAAUCAAGUAAUGGAACCAUACGAAGUAGCAUAUAAAGUUUUCCUUUCCCUGAUACUUGCUUUAUCAGUAGUAUUAAACACAACUGCCUUCUACACUAUUUCUAUUAAAGUGAAAAAGAAAGAAUUAGCGCAUUUAUUUAUUCUAAGCAUCUCUUUUACAAACUUGUUGGAAUCAAUAAUUGGAUUACUACCGCAUAUAAUAACGUCAGGAGAAAUAUUAUCAGGAAGUAACUCAUUGUGUAUAGCAAGCGGGUUUGCAGUGUUUGGAUUUGCAACCACAAGUAUUACUCAUCUGUGUGUACAUUCGUUAAGUCGAACUGUGGCCAUAAAAUAUCCUAUUUAUUAUUUUAAAAAUCGAAAGCGUUUCUGGUACAGAACAGCUUUGAUAUCAGUAUGUUACGUAUAUGGAUUUAUUUGGGCAACAUUUCCUGCAAUUAGUUGGUCAAAAUAUGACCUAGAUCUUGAUAAAAGACGCUGUUCAUUAGAUUGGAACUUGACUCGAUCAGACUCUCUAUCUUAUAUUUUAUCAGUUUUAAUUUUUUGCAAUAUUUUUCCCGGUAUAUUAAUAACAAUCGGAUUAUUUAAAAGCAAGAAGGUAAUUUAUCGUCGAAGAACUCGCAAUCUUGGACAAAAAGAUGAUAAUCAGCCUGAUAUUUUUGAAAAACAUUAUUUAAAAGUAUUUUCAUUGUCUAGUGUAUUGUUUUUUGUAGCAUGGACACCUUAUGCUGUUGUAAGUAUAUUAGCAUUAUUAAAGAUUGCUCCUCCUCCUCUGCUGGUUACAACUGCUGCGUUGUUUUCUAAGCUAUCCGCUGUUUCUAAUGUUCUUGUUAAUUGCUUUAUCAACAAAUCGUUUAUAAAACAUUUGUUUAGCAUAAGAGUUAUUCAAGUCGUUGCAAAAAGAGGAACAGAAUUAAAAAUAAUUGGCCAUGCUGCAUUUUUGCAUAAAGAAAAAUCACUUAGUUAUUGAAAACAACUGGCUGUAUUUGUAUAUAUAUAAAAAAGCAGUUUGUUUGACAAAAAGAUGAUAUUCUAUCUGUUAUCUUUGAGAUGCAGUAUUUAAAAAAAUUUUCAUUGUCUACUGUAACGUAUAUUAGAUUAACAUGGACAACUUACGUCGUUGGCAGCGUCUUAGCAUCGUUUAAAAUUGUUUAUCUACCUCUUAAUAAAUAUUAAUACCAUUUUAUUUUAGAC